UAUUAAAAUUUUUUUUUUAUCAUUUUCAUCGGUAUAACGUGUACGUUACUUUAAUUAUAGACUCGCAUAGGUAGGAAAUUAAGUUAACGAAAGUUGUAAAACGAGUAUGCGAGAGUGAAACAGAGAAAGGGAGAGAGAGAGAGAGAGAGAGAGAGGAGGAGAGAGAGAGAGAUGGUCCACAUUGAGGAAGAUAACGUAGUCCCAUGUACGUCAGAGUAUAGAAUCAAUUCGUUCCCCCUUCCAAAAUUGCAUUAUGGUCGAUCGUAAUUUUACAAUCGAGGCACAGGUGUGUGUCCCAUCGGGAAAAUAUCGAUGACAGGGCCGUAAGAACUAUGCGAACCAAAUGUUUUCCAUCGAAGGAUUCAAAGUAUAUUUAUUAUUAAUUCCUCGCAAAAAAAAAAGUUUUAAUUAAUACAAACGGAAAUUUUGCAAUAGGAUUAUUUGACGUUUUUCGUGUAAAAAAUUUUUAACCUUUCAGAAAUAUUUUCAAACGAACGUCACAAUUUUUUUCAAUGUUCAUUUUCAUUGCGAUCAUUAUUAUUAGAAUUUUCUUUUUCUUCUUCUUCUUCUUCUUCUUCUUCUUCUUCUUCUUCUUCUUCUUUUCUUUUCUUUCUUUUUUUUUUUUUUUAAUUUAUUUCGAUCGAUUCCUCAGCAAGUAAAAAUCAUAUUCGGCUUCAUCCCUUUUUAUACAUUUCACGUUAUCAAUAUCACGAUUUACUUUCCAGAUCAUAUGGCGAGUCAUAAGUAUCUAAGCUCGAUAAGAAAGCAAGGAUGGCUGGUGUACCUUGAUAAGCAAGUAUAUAAUAAUGAUAAAUCGAGAAGAGCAACGGAUCGUGAAAGUGCCGCGAGUAUCCUCGAGCCCUUCUCCUACGUAAUGUGUAAAAGCUUCUGCGCAAGGACGAGCAUGCUCGAAAGACCGUAUAAAAGCUUGAUCGUGGGUGUUCGGCUUUUCAGUUACCUUUAGAAUGCUCUUACGAAAAGCGAGAUUUAUGUUUCCAAGGAAACGAAUUUUUUUCGGUAUAUUCAAUAAUACAAUUACGUAAAAAAAAAAAAAAAGAAAAAAAAAGAAAAAAAAAUAACAAAAAUAACAAAAAUAACAAAAAAACAAACAAACAAACAAACAAACAAAAGACCAAAAAAAAAGUAAGAGAAAAGAAAAGGGAAAAGAAAAAAAAAGAAUAAAAUAGUGUGAUUGAUUCGAUCGAAGAAUUGGAAAUCAUAAUUUUGAACGAUCGAUCACAACACGUGCCACAUUUACCCAUGCGAUCUUGAGAACACAAAUUUGUGAAUUUUUUUGGAAAAAAAAAAGGAACUAAAUAAAAAAUAAGCUCUACGACAUCAUCCAUGAGUCAGAAUGACAUUGGAGAACUUGAAGAGAUCUCGCAUGAUCAUCGUGACAGUAGUGUAUGUUAGUCUCUUCUUAGACAACGUGCUUCUAACGGUGGUCGUGCCAAUCAUCCCAGACUAUCUUUGUUCCCUCGAUGGAAAGAAUAGUACCAGCGCUAUCGAAGAUGAGAAUGGUAAAGUUGGUUUCCUUCUUAGUUCGAAGGCUUUCGUCCAAUUGAUUCUUAAUCCAGCUGUUGGAAGUUUCACCGGUGCUUUUGGAUACGCAAGACCUUUGUUUCUGGGAAAUCUUUGUCUCUUAUUGGUUGCACUGUUAUUUGCAUUUGGACAAACAUAUGAAAUACUUUUCCUGGCAAGAAGCAUUCAAGGGAUAUCAUCGGCUUGCAUUGGUGUAUCCGGGAUGUCAUUGGUAGCCUCACAAUAUCCUGAAGAAGAUCAAAGAUCAGAGAUCAUGGGAUUCGUUCUUGGAAGUAUCGCCUUGGGUGUUCUUCUUGGAUAUCCGAUAGGUUCUAUUCUUUAUGAUUUGGAAGGAAAGAUGGCACCAUUUUUGCUGGUCUCCUGCCUCAUCGUCGUUUUGAUAUGUUUGCAAAUAUCAACACUCGACAUUCAGACUGACAUAGAGUCGUCCAACAAUGAAACAAACUGGAGACAACUAUUAUCAGAUCCAUUUGUUAUUAUAAUCGCUGGUGCAAUUUGGUGUUCGACUUCACCAAUGGCUAUAUUGGAACCCUGUUUACCAAUUUGGCUUCGUACCCAUAUAAAACCUAAGAAAUGGCAGCUGGGAACAGUCUUCAUACCGGACAGCGUUGGAUAUUUAAUAGGUACAAACUUUUUUGGUAUGAUGGCUUACCGUUACGGACGCAGUAGAGUCGCCAUCUUAGCCAUGCUACUGGUUGGCAUCAGCGCCAUUUUGAUACCAUCGGCACUGACCAUGUCGCAAUUGAUAUUUCCACAUUUUGGAAUGGGUUUGGGCAUUGGUAUAGCUGAUGCUGCUUUGGUACCAUUAUUGGCUAAUUUAGUUGAUCAAAAUGGCAAUUACGGCCCCGUUUAUUCGAUUCAACAGGUCGCUGUAAGCCUUGCUUAUUUUCUAGGACCAAUCACAGGCGGAGAGUUGGUAAGGGAAAUUGGAUUUCGAUGGGUCAUGAGGAUCAUAGGUGUGGCAAAUAUAAUCUAUUGUCCGAUACUUCUAUUUCUUGCUCUAAGAGAAAAAGAAUCUUUAUCGAAGGAGGAUAAAGAAAAGGAUUACGACACUUUCCAUAAAGGUCUAAUGAAAUACGAAAAGUUUCAAAACUUGGACGACGAUCUUUGAUGAGAAAAUCAAGUUUAUUUAAACUCAUUGGAAAAUUCACAUUUAUCAUCGAACAGACGAAGUUCUUCUUAAGAAAAAAAAAAAAAAAAGAAAGAAAAAAAGAAAAAAAAGAAAAAAAUAAAAGAAAAGAAAAAGAGAAAAGAAGGAAAAAGGAAAACGGGAAGAAAAAUAGAAAGAAAAAAAAAGAUCAUCUCUUAAAUUCUCAACAAGAAAUUUCUAUUGAAAUUACACGACGUUGCAAUUUAUUAUCAACGAUCUCUAUAAUAUUAAAAAGUGUAUUGUUUUUAAGUAAUACAAGUGACUAUAAAAUCUAUAUCUGUUUGUUAUACUAAUUUAAUAUAUAAAUUAAUUGUAUAGAAUGGAAUUGAACGAUGUAUGAAGACUUUUGUUUUAUAUGAAAAUUCUAAGAAAUGUUAAUGACGUCCGACGAUGGUUAUCACCGUCAUCAAGAAGUAUCGUGGGCGAACAAAAUUUUAAUACUUUAUUUACACAUAAAGUCUCCCGAACGAACAUCGAAGUAAACUUCAAUGCUUAUCGCAUUGACGACAUUUAUCGAACGUAAGAGGGACGUUCUCUUUAUUUAGGGUGAAUAAAAAAUAAAAAAGAUAUAAAAAGGAGAAAUAAAAAAAGAUUAAAAAAAUAAAACAUAAAAAAUAAAAGAUAAAAAAUAAAAUACGCGAAGAAAAGGGAGACAUAGGGAGCAGUCCCUUCGUUUUCUUUUUUUUUUUUUUAACCUUCAUUACUUUGCCUACACAUGGCUUAUUCAUAAUUGAAUUUGAAAUAUUGAGAUCGCAUUAAUGUUAUCAGUAAAUAUUAAAAGACGUCAAUUUUUGAUGUAUCAAAUGUAGGAUAUGCAAGUAUGAGUUAAUCUUCACUCGCUUACUCACUUUCUCUCUCUCUCUCUCUCUCUCUCUCUCUCUCUCUCUCUCUUUCUCUCU